AGACGCAAUGAUUCACACCUACAUAUUUAGGAACGCCGGCUUACGUCCAAAAGUUCAGUCACUGCCAAAACUUCGGCCAGCCAAGCCGUGCCGGUAAAUUUCGUCUUCAAAUUGGUCAAAGUAAAACGCAGAAAAAAAUGACCUCACUCGAGUGGUUGCUGCUGUUGGUGCCUACUGCGAUCUACCUUUUCUAUCGAUGGAGCGUCGCCACCUUCGAUUACUUCGAGAAGCGUGGAGUUCCGUUCGUGAAACCGGUUCCACUGCUCGGCGGAAUGUGGAACUUCUUCUCCGGCAAGAUGCACAUGGUCGAUGCUGGAUCGCUGGGCUACGAGAUGUUCCCGGAUAGCCGAUUUAGUGGAUUUUUUGCGUUCCGGAAGCCUGGGUACUUGAUUCAUGAUCCAGAACUGGUGAAGCAAAUUACGAUUAAGGAUUUUGACCACUUUGCGGAUCACACGAAUGUGGUUCCAAUCGAGGCGGAUCCGGUGUUAGGGAGGGCGUUGUUCUUUACCGAGGGAACUCGCUGGAAGCAUGGACGUUCCGGGUUGAGUCCGGCGUUUACCGGAAGUAAGAUGAGGAACAUGUUUGCGCUGGUGUCGAAUUAUACGGAGGGGGCGAUGGGAAGGCUGGUGGACGAUGCUCGCCGUGACGGUGGAUUGGAGUUGGAAAUGAGGGACCUGUUUCAGAAAUUAGGAAACGACGUUACGACGUCUCUCUCGUUUGGUGUGGAAAUCGAUUCGGUUCACAAUCCAAACAAUGAGUUUAUGCGCAGAGGCAAGGAACUGAUUGCAACCGAUGGAAUCCAGGGCCUCAAAUUUCUCCUGCUUACGGUAUUACCUAAAAGUUUCUUCCGUACCCUGAGGAUUCGCAUAUUCCCUAAAGAAGCUACUGACUUCUACGUUGAUGUUAUAUCCAAAACGAUUAAGCAAAGAGAAGAGCACAACAUUGUGCGACCGGACUUCAUCCACCUUUUGGUGCAAGGUCGUAAGAAUGAACUUAAGAUGGAACAGGCCGAUGACCAGCUUAAAAGUGCCGGAUUCUCAACGGUCGAAGAACAUCUUCAGUCCUCAACGGAGAACAGUCAGUACUCUGAUCUGGACAUUACUGCGGCCGCUGCUUCGUUCUUUUUUGGAGGUCUCGAGACAACAACGACCGUCAUCUGCUUUGCUCUGUACGAAAUGUCCCAAAAUCCUACCGUCAAGCAAAAGUUACAAGCAGAAAUUGAUCACGUCAAAGAGCAACUUUCAACCACCGACUCCAAGCUAUCCUACGAAGUCCUUCAAAACAUGAAAUACCUCGAUAUGGUGGUAUCCGAAACCCUUCGUCGUUGGGCUCCCCUCGGCCUAACCAACCGAGCCUGCACCAAGCCGUACACCAUCGAAGACAACAACGGAACCAAAGUCACCAUCCAGGUCGGUGACCUCAUCCAAAUCCCGAUCCAAUCAAUCCACCGCGAUCACCGAUUCUACCCAAACCCCUACAAAUUCGACCCAGAACGAUUCUCCGACGAUAAUAAAGCCAACAUCAACCGGAGUGCGUUCCUGCCCUUUGGAAGUGGUCCACGGAACUGCAUUGGAUCGAGGCUGGCACUAAUGCAGACCAAGUGCUUCCUGUACUACAUACUGGCGAACUUUGAGCUGGAGCUGUGCCCGAAGACGGAUGUGCCGAUCAAGCUGAACAAGCGCUCGGUUUCGCUGGAUACGUUGAGUGGGUUCUGGUUCCGGAUGGUUCCGAGAGGGGAGGUGAAGAAAUGAUAUUAUAAAAGUUCAGUAAAAAUUGUAUUAAUAAAAUGUAUGACAUAUUUAAAAAUAAAAACGA